AUGUUGUUUCCACUACUCUGCGCACUAGUAGCGGGCGCUCUCGUGCCGGAAGUUUGCUCCAGCAUCAUUCCUGAGCGCGACGCCUUCCAAAACUCAAAGCGGACAAUUGUGGAUAGAAAGGAACUUUCUGCUCGAGGUUUCCCCGUCCCAGACCCCACGCAGAGCUACUGGCAGGUUCCGGAACACCGCAUCGCCAGUCUUCGCACGACCGAGGAACUGCCUACCAACAAAACUUUCGACUAUGUCAUCAUUGGGUCUGGUCUCAGCGGCGCCGCUACAGCUUUAAAGCUACUCAAUCGGAAUCCAGAGCUCUCGAUCUUGAUGCUUGAGGCUCGGAAGGCUUCAUCGGGUGCUUCAGGGCGUAAUGGCGGACAUGUCAAGCCUGGCGAUUGGAAGAUCAUUAAAGAAUGGGUCGAAACGUACGGCGAAGAUGAGGCUCUCAGGAUCCAAAAGCUAGAGCAAGAUUGUGUCGAUGAUAUGGCCGAUUUCGUCAAAACCUACAACGUGUCCAGCGGAUUCCACGAGGUUGAGACUGCUGACCUUUAUUGGACAAGGGAAGCGUUUGAGAAAGCGGUCAAAGUGUGGGAGUAUCAGCAAGAGCUUGACCAGCGCAGGCCCGCAGAUGUUGGUAAAAACAACAGGACUGUCUACGCCGGCCAAGCUGCAAGAGACCACUGGAAGUGGCCUGAAAUCCUGGGUGCGAUCACAUACAAGUCAGCCAUCCAGAAUCCAUACCUCACGGUUUGCGCUAUGUUGGAGCAGAGCCUGAGUAAGGGACUUAAUCUGCAAACGAACACCAUGGCUCUCAGUCUGAGUCAGUCAUCGACAGCACCUUCUGGUGGAGCAAAGUGGGAGGUGGAGACGGACCGAGGCGUUGUUAAGGGCAAAAGAGUUGUACUUGCUACCAAUAGCUACACGGGCGCUCUCCAUCCACGCCUCAAAGAGACCAAAUUCCUUACCCCGACCCGAAGCCAAGCGUCUGCUGUACAUCCCGAAGCGUACUCUCCAAACAACACCGUAUUCAGCCGCAGCCAUUCUUACCCUGACCUGCACUCUGGUAACAACUAUAUCAUGGUGCGGGCCCCUGGCGACCAGGGUGAGGGCGAUGUGGUCAUUGGUGGCGGUACGAUGUUUUCGCCUUCGCGCGAGAAGAACAUUACCGACGACUCAGUCAUAAACGAGGACAUUGCGCUACACCUGCACCGCGUCAGUCGCACAGUCUUUGGGUACAAAAACUGGGGAGAGACUACUAAGGUUCUCGGCGACUGGACUGGUAUCACCUGUAACACAGAGGAUGGAUUUCCUGGUGUUGGUGCCAUACCGGAUGAAGAAGGGCUCUACGCCUCGAUUUGUAUGAAUGGUCACGGAAUGGCUUGGGCGUUCCGGAGCGCAGAGGCACUCGUGGAGUUGAUGGAAGAGGGAGAGACACCUAUGUGGUUCCCGAAAGCAUUCGAUGUCAAGCGUGCGUUUGCGCCAAAAAAGUGA